GAUAAGUUUAAUGCCAUGUUUUGUUUGUUUGUUCUCGUCAAGCUGUGGAAAGUGUAAACACAAGCCUAAGUAACAGUCCACCCGCGAAAACAGUCAUGACGUCCUGUUUGUCCCUCAAAGGCUACCUUCCGCAAUGGAAGCUAACUCUGGAAGCUAACCACAACUAGCAGGUGCUGUCAGGACAACAACAAAGUAGUGGAGCAAAAACCAUCGUGUUGUUUUUAUCACACGCUGGCAUGAUCUUCAUUUUCUUUGCCCGUUAACUUAUUGAAACUGACAAACGGCUGUACAGGCGUCAGAACAAGGUGACGUUAUUUUUUUUAUUUUCCCUGGCCUGGCUGUAUCUGCGCUUUUGCUUGAGAAACUGGACCAGUUGAUCUGGAAGUAUGGAGACUUGGGUCCGAUUUAAUUCUCAAAGCAAUGCCAAAGAACGACUGUGCAGGGCUGCCCAGUAUGCAUGCACCCUCCUCGGCUACACCCUGCAGAAGGGAGGCGCUGGUGGCGACCUGCUCAAGACGGUCAAACAGCUGGAGUCUCACAUGAGCCUCACACGGAAACUCAUGCGUCUGGGUAACUCUGCGGAGGCGGUGGAGGCGGCUAAGCGGGCGGUUCACCUGUCUGACAGCGUGCUGCGUCUCUGCAUCACCGUCUCCCACCUCAACAGAGCCAUGUACUUUGCCUGCGAUAACGUGCUCUGGGCCGGCAAGACUGGACUCAUACGCUCCCUAGACCAGGACAAGUGGAGCCAGAGAGCCUACAGGUACUAUCUGUUCGCCCUGAUCCUGAACCUGACGCGUGACGUGUAUGAGAUCGGCCUCCUGAUGGAGCGCGAGUCCCGCUGCUACUACGGCUCGGCCAAGGCCUCUCUCUCCGGCACGCCCGUCUCCGCCACCACCCCGGACAACAAUGGCGACCUCUCCGUGACGACCUCCGCCUCCACCCCCUCGUCCCCCUCUCCCCCUCUCCUGCUGCCCGUGGUGCCCCCCUCCCUGCCCGUGCUCUCGGUGCGCCUGCGCAAACAGCUCCACCUGCUGGUGGCGGUGCUGCGUAACAACCCCCCGCUGCUACUGGACCUGAUGAAGAACACCUGUGACAUCUUCAUCCCCCUUGACCGGCUGGGACUCUACCGCACGGGUAACGGCUUCGUGGGGGCGUGCGGCCUGGCCUCCUCGGUGUUGGGAAUACUCACCAUCCUGCACCCGUGGCUCAAACUGAAACCCUGAAAGAGUGUGUGUGUGUCUGUGCAUACACGUGUGUGUGUAGCAUGCGGUCUGGCAUACUCAAUGCUGAGUAUAUUACCAAGGCUCAAACUCAAACCCUGAAAAAGAGAGAGAGAGAGAGAGAGAGAGAGAGAGAGAGAGUGUGUGUGUGUGUGCGUGUGCGCCUGCGUGUGCAUGUGCGUGUGUCAAGCUUGCAGUCUGGCAUCCUCAGUGCUGGGUAUACUCACCAAGGCUCAAACUCAAAUCCUGCUGUGACAGGAGAUAAAGUUAAGUGAAGAGAAAAGAGGAGGUUGGAGUGAAAUUAGGUGUGUGUGUGCGUGCGAGCGUGCGUGCGUGUGUGUAUGUGAUCCUUCAAAGAUUCUAAGGAGUGAUGUCAUGUUUUGGGGGAAGUAUGGGGAUGUGGCAAAAAAGUAAAGGAGGAGAGAGGAAGAAUGGAGAGGAGAGGAGUAAAAUGAGGACUGUGUACAUGUGUGCGUGUGUUCAGUUUUUGACUAUGGGAGAGAAGAGGGUUGAAGUGGUAGGAGUGCAGUAGUAGGUCAAAUUAAUUGUGUGUGUGUGUGUGUGUGUGUGUGUGUGUGUGUGUGUGUGUGUGUGUGUGUGUGUGUGUGUGUGUGUGUGUGUGUGUGUGUGUGUGUGGGGUCCUCAUAUGACUCCCCUCACUUGAGCUUUUAACUCAGCAGCAGCUUACCACUCCACUUUCCCUUGGUCUCUGGAGUCCACACACACACACACACACACACACACACAAUGUAAUGGGGACCCAAUUCUGGCCCUUGUCUUCCAUGGCCCGAGACAACUGACCCCUUUGCCUCCCCAUCUUGCCCAUAAUUUCCCUGCUGGCCUGUAAGACUGACAAAUUGACUGACUUGAUAUGCUUUUACAAUCACCAGGCACAACUUCACAUUAAGAAGCGCUUCCCAACCUUGUAACCAUGACUAAAAUAAUACAGAGAGAGAAAUGUGUGUGAUGGACUGAUCUGUGUAACAGUUGGUUUAAUUGCUCGGAACGUUUUGCCUCGUUUUAUUGUUAUUUUUUUCUUCUUUUACAGUAAUUGUGUUUUUUUUCUCCUGAAUUCAUAUCUGUUAAAUAGUAGUGAAUGUUGAUUUUGCCGUUUUGACGUGAUCUUUUUUUGUUUAGUUUUUUUGUAUGCCUUUUUCUUUUGUUUGUUGGUAUGGUUGUGAUUGGCAGUGGCCGAGAGAGCCAAUGAGUGGAUUGAGAGCCAGUAAGUGCUUCCCCGUCCUAUGGCAGCCAUUUUGAAUAGCUUGAGAGAAUGUACAGUAACAGUGAGCUUAAAGGACCAGUGUGUGAUUUUC